CUAAUUUAUUUUUCUACACCAAGAAAAUCACAUAAAUUAUAUUUAUUUCCUCAAAUACAGUAACAGAGAUCAGAAUAAUUUAAACAGCCCAGAAAAGGAUUUAGCAGCAAAUUGAAAACUAUUGAAAGCACGCCAGGAGUAAAAACUUCUUGAGUAAAAGUAAAUCAAAUUGAAUCGUGCACGGGCGUUAACUCUGAAGAAAUAUUUUGUUUUGUUGUCACUCGUUGUCGGAGGUAUAUGUCGUAACAAUAGUUGCCGAUGCAAGCGGAUGCCUGCCUGGUGAUUCAUCGUUAAGAAUAAAUACGAAGCUAGAUGCCUACGAACAUAUUAGUGUUAUUUGCAAGUUAGAUAACAUGUAUGUUUUAUCCAUGGUCUGGAUGCUUCUUGUUGUUGGUAAGGUACUUGACGUCGAAGGUUGCCACGCUGGUGAAGGUGUCGGGCGUAGGAAACGAGACAUAGCAAGUUUACGAGCGUCCAUAGGUACUUGUAUGCAAAACAAGGGGUUUCGCGGGUUAAUGUGGCAAGGUCCCGUCGAUUAUAUAGUUCUGCAUACCACGUGGUUCACAGACACUGAAGCGGUUUGUUCAACAACCACAAAUACCGAUACAGCUGCUUGUUGGUUGGAACAAGUUAAUUCACUUAUUGGGAGAACUUCUCCAAUCUUUGAUGCGGUGAAGGACUGCAUCAUAGCUUUCUCCAAUACAGCAACGGGAGGAAACUAUACGGGCGACAGAUUCGCAUCAAACGAGACAGAGACCCCGGAUGACGACGCGAAUUGUCCCACGGUUCAAGUAAAUCAAUACAUUACUGAUUUCGCAACUUUUACUGACGAUAUUGGAGUAACAGUUCCAGACGACACAACGGUCGAAGAUGUAACGAGCGUGAUUGAUUUCAUUCAACAAGAUGUUAUCUGUAGGAAAUGCAGUUGUACAGAGUUAUCACAGAACACUGGUGUGUUGGAGGAAUACGAACUCCCAUCCGGGUUAUCUUGUGGAAGGUGUUGGUCCACAAGGCUCGGGGCGCUCACAAAGUCCACCUCGGAAUUCGCGGAACCGAUUGGGCUGGCUGCGGUAGAUACGGCAAACCUGGAAAGAGUGAGUACUUGCAACACCAGCUUGGUUGACCCAACAAACACAGAUGCGAUACUGGAUCUGUUUAACCUCCGGGUGACUUGUGAUGCGAGAAAGGUGGUCGCUCGAGUUGCCCGGUGCACACUGGUUGGGCUUGGACUUGAGUUGGUUCAAGAACUUGUGAUCGCCAACGAAAGUGCGGCAAUACAACGUCGGAGGGUUGAUAGGAAAUGUCUUCCUGAUCUAUACAUGCAGAAUACGAGGGAUGACUUGGUGUACACGCUAGCGGGAGAACUAGACGUUUGUGGGGCAGAAGUGGAGAGCAACCAGACCCACAUCACGUACACGUACACAAUACGAUCAGCACCUGACUACAAGUUAUCUGGAUCCAAGGUUCAUUAUAUCGACGAUUUCCGCGUUUCAUUCAGUUGUAGCUACAACAAGGAAUACACCGUCAGUUCAAACGAAUUAAUUCCAAACGCUCCUCCUGUAAGGGUCCACACACACCAACAGCAAGGCAUGUUUGAUGUUGCAAUCAAGUUUUACAAGGAUCAAAACUACAACACAACCUACAACAAUGGUGCGACCAUUACUGUUCCCAAUAUCCUUUAUGUUGGGCUUAACAUGCAGAAGAUUGUGGAAAACACACUGAUUUCUGCAACAAAAUGCUGGGCUUCAAACAUGGCACCUGUGAACCCAGCUUUAAAGUCUCUGCUUAUUUCUAAUGGCUGUCCAACCAAUAACUCAAUUGGAGCCUCACUCGACGCCUCAAACGAUAUCUCCAAAUUUCAAUUCCAUUUCUCAUCCUUCCGUUGGAACAAAGCAAACGCGGUACAAGCGAUAUACGUCGUGUGUGAAGCCACGUUGUGCAACACGCUCCAACCAGAUUGCUCCUCGGCUCCUCCAGUUUGUACCAACGGAAGAAGAAAACGUCACACCCCAAAUAAAUACGAACGCAUACAAAGGAUCACAGCGGGUCCAAUAUUUCUAAUGGAGGAGGACCAAUCCACGAUAUGUAGUAAGAACAACGGAGGUUGUGAACACAUGUGCGUCAACUAUGCUGAUGGUAAGUCGUCAUGUUCGUGUCAACCUGGUUACAAACUUCAACAAGAUGCAAAGAGUUGUCGAGAGAUUGUUCUAUCAAGAAGCAUGGCUGACAAUCCAUCGCAAAUUAUAAUAAGUCCGUUUGUUUUAUUUGUUCUUACUUUGGUCUGUUUGAUGUUUUCUGCGAUUCUAAUCAGAUCUUUGUGGAGAAGUUUGGCAGACAAGGAAACAUCUGAAAUAUAAAUGUUAUUUGUUUAAAUUUAUUAAAAACUUUGAGUGAUUAUUGUAGAUGAUGGUUGUACUAUAAGUUUGCUUCAUUUUAAUAAUAAUUAAUAUACCUACUAAAAAUCUGUGGUAUGAUAAAUGAGAACUAUUUAUGUACACGAGACAAUACAUGCUGUGCUGUGUAAUGGCAUUAAAAUCAAAAACCAUUUUUUUACUAUAAUGUAUAUUAAAAAAUAAUGUGAAUUGCCCCCAUUUAAAUAAAUACCACCUAAAACACAAAUAACAAAAUCUAUGUUUACCGUUCACCCAUGUUAAAUGGAAAGUACUUUGUAACAAAAGCACUUUUUGGUGGCUGAUGUCGCAUCGAGUUUGUACAAACUUAUUUUUUACCUUACAUGGUCCACCAUAUUACUCCCAGCAUAAGAAUGUACAUUUAAUAAGUGACAAUAACUUAUAUUUCUAUGUUUUGUUGAUGUAUUUUUAUGUUGGUACUUUUUACAUGCGCAAAGUACUGCUAAAUAUAAAUAAGAAGAAGAAGUAACUUUUGUUUUAGUUUGUUGCUACACUGAGGAUUCAGGUCAAAACAUAGAGAUUAUAUUUCUUUGGUAAACGAUUAGAUGGACUAUUUUUGUUCACUGCAUAUUUAGCAGCACUUGGUGUAUCCUGUUAUAAUGCAGCGAGAAUCGUCCAACAAUAAGAGUGCUAGAUCACGGCCAGGUUUACGGUAUACAUCGUAGAUACGGAUGUUUAUACUUAAGCAACCUGUAGUUAGAUGUCUUCAUUGUAAACAAACAAUGAUUUUCUUUCCCUUUAGUUUGUCAGAUCACUCGUUAUUCUGCUGGAUUCUUCAUUCACCAAAUGGCAGAUGAAAUGUCAAAAAUACCACGUCUUUAUACCAGAUGAGCCGCUAAUAAAACUUCUUAUCACUUUCCAUUCAAUAUUCACACAACCGCUUAAAGUAGGUUAAUUGACCUGAAGUUCCUAAAUAAAGCAAAAUGGUGUUAAUUGCAUUUCAAAAUAUAGGACAGUUAGAAGUUUAUAACAAAUAUUUUGAAGAUAUAGCAUAGCAGUGCAUUAAGGGUAAUAUAUAAGGAUUUAAAAUCAAAGUUUUGAACCUAAGAUACAAAAGUAUUGUUUAAUCUAACACUAACGCAUGGUAUAUACUUAUUUAAAAAGCUCUUACGGCAAAUUUAUUUUGUGUAUAGAUGUUUCAAUGGCCUUUACAGAUCAUCUUUAUCAGGCUAAACAACGAUAGUGCACAAAAAAUGUGCCAAACGAGAUUUAUUACAUUUAGGAAAUUGUUUUAACACAUUACAUACUGCAUUGAAUGUAUGAAAAGCAUCUUCCGUCAAGCAUGCAAAAAGUACCAAAGUCGGGGUAACAAAAUGAGUGGCGAAAACAUCAUACAAAGAUAUUACAGGUAACAUAGCAAGGCAUGAAGAUGGAAGCAGCACUUUGGAAGUGGGGGUAACUUAAUACUGGAAGGUUUAUGCUGUAACAUAUAUGGCAGCUCAGUGUAUCGUUUAUGCAAAUAUAUGAAUACAAAUACA